AUGACAUUCCAGACGCCCAACUCCGGCGAGUUCGGGCCAAGCUGCCCCUCGGCCUCUCGGCGAAUGCUUGCUGUUGCAUGGGUCGGACCACAACUACCGAACAUAACAGGGCUGACCAACCCCUUUAUCCUCAAUUUCGACAGCCUAUUAAGUGAGGAGCCGCUGAGUGACAUCUAUCGGAUCCCAUGCAGCUCUCUGAAAGAUCCAUUGUAUCCGGUGUCUCUGCACACGACACACAUGUUUGCUGUGUCCAUAACUGCGCCACCAAGCCUGAUAGAUGCACCAGACCAAUUCAAAGACACAGCUUCUUUGAAGGUCUGGCCCGAUCCACAGGAUCCGUCAAGGGUUGCAUUCAACGCCACCCACAGUGGCAGCGAUCCUGAUCCAGGCUUCUUUGACGUCUAUGGGAAAGACUUCGUUCAUAUACCCGCUGAUAUUUGUUCCGAUGAAAUCAAACUCACAUAUGAGGAAGAUAAAGCGAAAUUACCAGUUGGUACAUUCGUCAGUGGGUCUAUCACAAACACGACUCUCCAUUUGGAAAUCUCAGGCAACUUCACCACCGGCUGGUUAUAUGAAACCGGGGCCGAUCCAAUCAUCGUCAACUUUGAUUGCACCUUCGAUGGAGAUUUUGAUCGCGUUAAUUCCUCACAGAUCCCUUCUAUCAGGCAACCUGGUCAACCUGUCCUUUCAUUUGAGCGAUUCAGUGGCUCCCACCACCUCACGUCUCCCACUCUGCUCCUACUGACAGUGGUAGUAGGGUCCGUCAGCAUUAUGUGGCUCAGUUAG